AUGUCUACCCUACCCGACGGCAUCUGCAAACAACUAUUCGCGUGCUUUAUAGUGUCCAUGCCCCUGCUGAUGGCCGGUACAACGCUGGGAUGGUCGUCGCCAAUGAUGGAAUACACGUUGAAAGGCACUGCGCCGGUUCACCUUACCUCGGACCAAGAGUCUUGGAUGGUAACUUUGAUAGACGUCGGCAACGUACUGCUAUCGUUACCGGCCGGUAUCAUGAUGGACCGUAUCGGCCGGAAACUGUCCGUGUACUUGACUGUGCCGAUAACGCUGGCCGGUUGGAUAUUGAUACUGACCGCUCGUCAGCCCUGGCACCUGUACGUCGCCCGGUUCUUGCACGGCAGCGCGAUGGCGAUCUCGUUAAUCGUGUCCCCGUCAUACGUGGGCGAAAUGGCCAGCAUAUCCGUCCGCGGAUCGUUGGCCCUGGUGGUAGAGCUGACUUACGCUUCCGGUCUGUUGCUGUCCUACGUGGUCGGGUGGCUCGCUGACUACGAAACGCUGGCCAUCGUCGGCGCCGUCAUACCGGUGAUCACGGGCGUGCUGAUGGUAUGGAUACCGGAAUCGCCGUAUUUCCUCAUGAUGAUCGGCAAACCGGAAGAGGCGGCCCGAUCGUUGAGAAAGUUGAGGAAUUGCGGUAACGAAGAGUUUGAGGAAGAGCUCGAGAUCGUCAGACUGUCUGUCACCGAAGACAAAUGCAAGGGGAAGCUGACGGACCUGCUACACAGAGACCGGGCGCCGCUGAUCAUCGUGCUAACGUUGGCUGCCCUGCAGAUGGCGUGUGGGGCGAGCGUGAUGGAAGCGUACGCGUCGUCCGUGCUGUACGGCACAGGGCUGUCGCCAAACGCUAGCGCCGUGAUUUUCGGCCUGUUCAUAGUGGUGGCGUGCGUGCCGUUCGCGCUCACCGUGGACAAGUACGGCCGCCGGCCGCUGUUCAUGGCGUCGUGCGUGGGAACCACCCUGUGCCACGUGUUCAUAGCCGUGCUGCUGUCGCGGCACGAUGGCGCCGAAUCCAUGAACGCCGUGGACGGUUGGCUUCUGUUGGCCAGCGUGUGCGGCGCCGAGUUCUUCAUCAACAUCGGGCUCAUGCCUGUGCUGUCCGUCGUCCAGUGCGAAUACUUCCCGUCGGACACCCGAGGCCUGGCCAACUCGGCGGUGGUGUUCACCAUCACGUUCACGUCCACCAUCAUGCUGAAGAUCUACCAGCCGGUGACGGACGCGUACGGCAAGCGCGCCAACUUUAUCGGGUACGCGGCGAUCACCUUCUUGGGCGGCCUGUUCUGUUACUUCUGGGUGCCCGAGACCAAGGGCAAAUCGUUCCUGCAGAUCCAGACGGACUUCGAGACGUACGCUUGGCGCAACAGCAAAACCCGCCGCCGGAACUAUGAGCGGAUCUGACCGGACGUUCGGCCACCCCUCUACUCCUACUCAACCACCCCGCGACCGUCAGAUGCGAAGGUGCGUCCCGUACCCGCUCAUAAUAAUGUUAAUAUAUUGUGUGUGUGUACGUUAGUUAAUAAUAAUAUUAUAAUAACGAUUGCCGGCGGUACGUUAAAUGGCUUCGUCCGUGUGAGUUUUGGACUUGAAACGACUUGAGACUUACGUUAUAUGGUUGUUUAAUUGUUAUAUUAUGUGUAGGUAUAUAUACACCGAAAUGCGCCACUGAAAUGGAUUUUGUUUUUUGUUUUAACUUUUAUAAUUUUUUUUUUUUUGUACACGAUUCGAAGUGUGUGUAUACGUUGACGUGAUUUAUUAUUUUUAACUUUCGUGAGGUACCUAAAUUAAUUUGCCUACACUUUUAUUAUACGCGUUUAAAUCGCAUUAUAAUAUAGUUCGCGGGAAGUAUCGCACGUGUUGGUACUUUUUCCGAUGACAGCCGAAGUGAAAACAUCGGUCGAAAUCCACAUCGUGUGGUAAAAGUACAAACCCCCCGAACACGCAACAUUUAAAUUAUAAUAGAGAUGAUAAACAUUUUAUACGAUAAAAAAAAUUAUUCAUUCAUACAUCGAAACCAUUCCAUUGCACAAUAUUUCAUUUUAUCUAUAAAUUCAAUCUCAUUUUUUAUAAAAAAAAAAAAAAAAUCGUUAUUUACAGCAACAGUCAACAUGAUUUUUUUCCGUACAAAACAUCUACACGCGUUUCAUACCUACCCUACAUAAAUAAAUCCAAAUUGUAUAUUGAUAAUAUUCUUUUGGUAUUGUUAUAAUGAUCUCAAUAAACCCGUAGACAACAAGGUAUAUCUAUCUGAUUUAACGGUAAAAAAAAAAUGUACAUAACAAUAUCAAAUUUACCAUUAUUUUCUUUUAUUUUACCCGCUUAUUAUCUAUAUAUGUAAAAUCCGUUCGCCAAUGGAGAGAUAAUGUUCAAAACACUCAAAUCAGACCGCAGAUCAUCCUCAUUAUUUUUGUGUAUAACGGGAACCAAAAAAAACUUAGUGUAUAGAUGUAUAGUACAUACCUAUUAUUCUUGCUUAACUUGCUUUAAUAAUAAAAUGUUAAUUUAC